AUGGGGGAGAGCUAUGUGCAUAUACACAAGAAUGAAGGGGAGAACAUCCUACUAAAAUUGAGUGAUGAUGUACUUACAGACGAAUUAGAGUAUGCACUAGUUCCGCAGUAUAUCUUACCAAAGGACAAGAAACAGAGGGACGGGUACUGUAUUUUGAAGAAAAAGAAUUUUAUUAUUAACAAAAGAGAAAUAAAGGAUAUUAAAAGAAUGAAAAAAGGGGUAGAUGGUAAAUUAGGAAAUAAUUUCAGUUUCUCACCUGAUAGUUAUAAUAACAAAUAUAAUAGUGAUAUUAAUGGAAUCAGGAAUAAUAUUAAUGAUAACUGUAAUAGUAAUAGUAAUAGAAAUGGUAACAUUCAUGGUAAUAGUAAUGAUAACAAUUAUGAAAACAGUAUGAGUAGCAGUAAUUGUAACAGUAAUUAUAGUAUUACCGAUAAUAACUACACUACCAUUUGCAAUUUAAAAUAUUUUAAUUCUUAUUUAAAAAAUUGUAAAAGAAACGAAAAAAUUGCAAGUAAAUUUUCUCAAGUGAACAGGAACGAAAAGAAUGAAAGAAAAAAAAUAAUAAAAAUGUCAUGUAGCAGUAGAAGCAAUUACAUUUUCUUUAAUAGAUUAAAUAAGAAAAAAUUGAAACUUGCAAAGGGAAAUAAUUUGCCUCUCUCUCCUGUCAUUAAGAAUAUUGAUGAAAGGGCAAAUAAUGACAUGAGCUGUAGGAAGGAAAUUUUUGUUAAUCAGUUAAGUAACUCGUCCAAAAUAAUUGUAAAUUCAGCUGAAAGAAUAAGAAUUUUAAAAAAAAUAUUUUUCAAAAUUAAAAGAAAGAAUGAAAAAUUGUUACGUGAUAAAAAUUUUGUGGAAUCUAAUCUGAGUAGGUGUCUAACAGAUGCUUCUACUCUGCAUGAGUGUGAUGUCACUAUCUCAAAAGUGGGAAAAGAGAAGGAAGAAAUAUAUAAAGAAAAAGAAAUAUCAACAAACAGGACCUUAGCCAUCUCUGGUUUAGCAAAGUUAAGUAAAAAUAGAAUAUAUAAUGGAGAAAAUAAUAGCAUAUUAUGUCAAGACGCGUUUAAAAAUAUCAUGAUUAAACAUAAGAAAAACAAUAUAAAAUGUUACAAUGGUACUAAAGAGAGGAAAGAACAAAUAAAUUUAAAUAAAAGUAUAAAUGUUAAUAAAAAAGAAUACUUUAAAACUAAUAACAAAUAUGCAAAUAUAAGUAUACAUUCGCUUAAAGAAUUUUUAAAGGAUAAGAAAAAAGAAUAUUAUGAAUAUGGUGUGGUGUAUGAAGGCAAAAAAAAUAGAGGAAUGAAAAACUUCAUUUUUUUAAAUAAGGAAAAGGCAAGAUACAUUAAACCUAAAGAAAAUACAACAUUUAACAUAAUUAAAAAGAGAAACUGUAGUAUAACUCGCAAUAAUAAUUUUGGUAAAAAUAAAAUAUGCGCGAGUGAUGAUGAUGCUAUCUUAGAAUAUUGUUCAUCAGGUAUUAGCAUAAAACAGAGUGGCAUUACUAGAAUUACUAGUAUAGCUAGUGCUAGCAGUUAUAGCGGUGUUCUUUCUACUAAAGGAAGCUCAAUGAAUGACGUAAAAGGUAGGGAGAACAACAUAAAUAAAGAUUAUUUUUCUUGUUCUGUUAAAAAGGACAUAAAUGAAAACUUUAUUAUGCAUAAGCACCCUGCGAAUGGUGAAAAAAAAAAAAAAAUAAAAAACAAAUGCCCUAUCAGCGAAAAUGAUAAUAAAAUAUUUGUAGAUAAUGAGAUAUACACUAAGAAUGGGAAAGAGAAAAUUCUGAAAAAUGUAUCACUGGGAAAGCAGAAGAAAGAUGCGAAUGAACAAAAUGAGGAAACCACGACAGAAAUAAAUAAAGGAUUUAAUAUUAAAUGUUUCCAAACAAGUAAAAAUAAUAAGAGGUAUGAAAUCAAAAGAGGAAAUAACUCAAAAUCCAAGAAUAAGGUAGAAGUAUACUUGUAUGAUGAGGAGAAAGGUGGAAGGUGGGCUGCCAAUCAUGAAGGAAAAAAAAAGGAUGAAUAUGAAGAUAAACUGGCUAAUUUUAACGUAUAUAGAUGUAAAGUAGGUGCUAAAAAUAACAAAAAUAAAGUAAAAAGUAAUAUUGAAAAUAAUGUAGUACACCCCAAUAAUGACAGAUUUGAUGUUAAGUAUACGAAUUAUGAAAAUGAUUUCGACUUGUUUUGCAAAGAUGUAUACAAAAGAAUAAAGAUAAAAAGAGGAAGCACAUUUCACUACGUUUAUGAAAAAGAUAGGGAAAAAAAUAGGGAAAAAAAUAGAAAAGAUAUAAAAAUAAAUCUGGCAUACUCAAGAUACAUGAAAAAAAAAAAAAAAAAUGGACUCGCCGACAUAUAUGACGAAGAAAAGUGUACCAAAAAAAAAAUGUUUUUUUUUGAAAAAAAUAAAUUAAGGCUAAAAAAUUUUAUUAAGAAUAGUGAACUAUUUAAUUUAUCUAGAAAAGUAAAUGGUAUUCAUUUAAAAAAGGAAAAAAGAUAUAUGAGAACAAAAGAAGAUUUAGGACAUUUGGCAAGUUACAAUUUUAUAAAAUCUGAUGAUUCCAUAAGUAAAUCUGAGAAGUUGAAAAUGUGCAGAAAUGAAAAUUACGUCGAUAAAGAGAAUUUAAAUAAAAGUAGUACAGAAGAAAAAAAAAAUAAUAAAAUAAAAGAAAUUGCAUCUACAGAUACUUUAGGUUUAAAAGAGGAGAAAGGGAAGAAGGAUAAACAAAUUAGGAAGGAGGAAAAUGUUUUUCGAGAUGAAAAAAAAAUAUACAGUGCGAAACCUUUUGAAGAUGUAGAAAAGAAUAUUGAAGAAAAACUUAAAAAAACAGAAGACGAACAAUAUGAAAGUGAUAGAAAGCAAGUUAAUAUGUGUGAUAUAGGUAGUACAAAUCAUUUAAAAAAAAUGAACACUUCUGAAUCAUGUAAAGACAGUGCACCCUAUUUAGAAGAGGCAAGUUCCGAAAAACAACUAAGUAAUGAAAACAGGUCAGUUAAAAUACAAAUUAGUAACGUUAAUAAUUCUAUCAAAUGUGAUAAUGAGACAGAUGAUAAUAUAGAUGGUAACGACUAUUUAUCAAGUGUUAAAAAAAAAUUGGAAAUCGACAAUAUGAUUUGGAGUCUUCCUAAUGAAAACAAUUGUAAUAAUUAUUACUACGAGAAAAAAGAAGAUCUUGAAGACGGAAUUGAGGGUGAAUUUGGGAAAGGAUUUAAAAGGGAAGGCGCAGGAGAAAAUGAAGACAAAGUUGAGCGCAAAGUGGAGAUAAUAAAAAAGGGUACAAAAGAACUGCGUUCUUAUUUUAUGAAAUUUAAGUCUUUUCUUUUUUUUGAAAAUAUAAAACGUUCAAAUAGUAUUAUCACUCUGAAUAGUGAAAAUGGAUUAAACAAAAUUAUUAGAAAUAAUAAAUUUCAUUUAAAGAGAAAAAAAAAAAUAAAAAAAUUGAAAAGUUUAAGCUUACUAAAUAUAUACAAUACAACAAAUAUAUUAAAAAAUAAUACAAGCGAAAAAAUGGUAAAUACGAAGAACAAAAAUUCUGAAACUUGUAAUUCUUUAUUGGGAGAACAAAAAGAAAAGGAUAAAGGAAGAAAAACAAUCGUUCUUGACUUAGAUGAAACACUUGUUCAUAGCACGUUAAAGAAGGACAAACAUAAUUCUUUUAAGAUACAAGUUGAGUUGAAUGAAGGGAAUUGUUCAGUUUAUGUAAAUAAGAGACCAGGUGUGGACAAUUUUUUAAAAGAAAUAUCAAAAUAUUUCGAAGUAGUCAUUUUUACAGCCAGUCUACCGAAGUAUGCAAAUGCUGUUAUUGAUAAGUUGGACAAAAAUGAUGUUUGUGCUUACAGACUAUUUAGGGAAUCUUGUACUUUUUUGAACAACAAUUUUGUAAAAGAUCUAAAAAUGUUAGGACGGGAUUUAAAUAAUGUUAUUAUUAUUGAUAAUUCCACAUUUGUUCACAAAUUUUGCGAAGAUAACUGUAUCUUAAUUAAAAGCUGGUAUGAUGACCCCAAUGACAGGGAACUGUACAAAUUAAUACCUUUUCUAAAAAAACUGUCAAAGAAGAAGUCAGUCUUAAGCGACUUAAAGAAGUAUAACAAAAAAAACAAAAAAAAGAUUUUAAAAUACCUCUAA